CCCUCCCUCCGCCAGAUGACCACCGAGAGCGGCCAGCAGCGGCAGGAGCCCCCCAUCCCUCUCCGCUCCUGCAGCCCGGCUCCCGGAGCUCUCCAGAUGAGCCGGCCGCCCUCCUCCGCCCUGGAGACCUCCACCUCCUCUUCCUCCACCUCCACCUCCUCCUCCUCCUCGGCGGCGGCGGCGUCCUCCAAGAGCAAGAAGGCCAGCUCGGGGCUGCGGCGGCCCGAGAAGCCUCCCUACUCCUACAUCGCCCUCAUCGUCAUGGCCAUCCAGAGCUCGCCCUCCAAGCGCCUGACCCUCAGCGAGAUCUACCAGUUCCUGCAGGCCCGCUUCCCCUUCUUCCGUGGCUCCUACCAGGGCUGGAAGAACUCCGUGCGCCACAACCUCUCCCUCAACGAGUGCUUCAUCAAGCUGCCCAAGGGACUGGGCCGCCCGGGCAAGGGCCACUACUGGACCAUCGACCCGGCCAGCGAGUUCAUGUUCGAGGAGGGCUCCUUCCGACGGCGGCCCCGCGGCUUCAGGAGGAAAUGCCAGGCGCUGAAGCCCAUGUACCGCAUGAUGAACGGGCUGGGCUUCGGCGCCUCCAUCCUCCCGCAGGGCUUCGAUUUCCAGGCGCCCCCCGCCUCCCUCGCCUGCCACUCCAACGGCUACAACCUCGACAUGAUGCCCAACGCCAUGGCCAGCGGCUACGAGGGACUCAGCGGCGGCCACCAUGUCCCGCACAUGUCGCCCAACCCGGGCUCGACUUACAUGGCCAGCUGCCCGGUGACUGCCAACGGGGACUACGGCCCCGACAGCAGCAGCAGCCCCGUGCCCUCCUCGCCGGCCAUGGCGAGCGCCAUCGAGUGCCACUCGCCCUACACGAGCCCUUCGGCUCACUGGACAGCCUCGGGGGCCUCGCCCUACAUAAAGCAGCAGGGCCUCCCCGCCGCCAACGCCGCCUCCUCCGGCAUCCACUCCAGCGUGCCCUCCUACUCCCUGGAGCAGGGCUACCUGCACCAGAGUCCCCGCGACGACCUCUCAGUGGGAUUGCCUCGCUACCAGCAUCACCCCUCCCCAGUGUGCGACAGGAAAGAUUUUGUCCUCAAUUUUAACGGUAUUUCUUCGUUUCACCCAUCCGCUAGUGGAUCUUACUACCACCAUCACCACCAUCAAAGCGUCUGUCAAGACAUCAAGCCCUGCGUGAUGUGAAGGCAGCGCCCCAACAGAGACAAUCAGGUGGCAUGAACAGAGCCGAGGUGUAGACGGACCCACGCAGAUUAAAUAUAAUGUGCACUCUGAUAGCAUUGGUAGUACACGAGUCACUUAGAAAAAUUACCUAAGGAAGCAGUGUUUUCGGUCCCUCUCCAUCCUCUGAAGGACAAGUACAGCCGAUGCACGCUCCAAAGCUCUUCCUAAACGAAAAAAUGCCUUGUGUGAUGUGUUGGGUUAGGUGGGACUUCAGUGUCCUUAUGCCAAGUCUGACCACCUUAAUCAUAAACCACCUUUCUGUGAUCUCCUAAAGAAUCGAGCUUUGGGAAAGGGAACAAUUCGAUAUUUUUGUAUACGAGAAAGUGUCUUUGAAUAGGAAAAAUAAAUCUCCCAGCUCAGCACCUGCGAGGACUCCCCCUUCCGUUGCUGCGUUAGUGGGAAAUUGAUUUCUUUAUUUUUUUCUCUCCCCAAGCCCGACCAAGGACACUCUGUAUGGACUUCAGCACCGACCGAUCGAUAUUAUUAAAACAGUAUUGUUUAGCCCUUUCGUGUAUAGACUUUAAGAAAAGUUCAAUUUUUUCCAGUAUUGCAGCAAUACAAUGUUUUGUUUUUUUAUUUUUACAAAAGUU